AUGUGUUCACAUAUUACAUUGUCAUUAAUUACUCCAUCUUGCUUGUUGUCAGCAACAGAAUGUAUUAAUGAUAAUGAUAGUAAAGAAGGUAAUGAUAGUGGUGGUGGUGGUGGUGGUGGCGUUGUUGCUUUCAAUAAUGACUGGAGAGACGAUAAUGUAGAUGACGAAUGGAUCGAUGACAAAGGAUGUGGUGAAUUGGACCAUUGGAAACGUGUGAAAUUGGGAUAUGUUGUUAGACUAGCAACAUCUAUUACAUGA